CCUUUACAGUUCUGACGGAGUACAUUCCUUGAACAUCUCAAAGCUUUCUACUUUAAUAACAAUGAAUCAAGCGUACAUAAUAAUUACGACUGUAAUUCUGAUGUUAGUCAUCACUAAAUCACAGGCAGUGAAUGACACCAUAUCAGACGUAUCACCGAAUUGCCUCAAGUGCAUCUGCAGGGUAGAAUCCAAUUGCAGAAUUCCAAGACCCUUGUGUCACGUGUAUCGCGGCUAUGAUACUUGCGGCCCAUACAAUAUCAAUAAAAAAUAUUGGACUGAGGCAAGAUCUAGGGGAAGACAACUGGGCACUGACUGGAUAACUUGCACAAUUGAAAUGGGUUGCAGUGAGAGGGCGGUGCAGGGUUACAUGGCUCGCUAUGCCAUUGCAAGUCGCCUUGGACAUGAACCAACCUGUGAAGACCAGGCUCGUAUCCAUAAUGGUGGACCAUAUGGGUUUAGGAUGUCCAGCACACUCAGCUACUGGCAUAAAGUUGAGAUGUGCUUAAAAUAUAGAAACUAGUAGCUUUAACUGCAACGGCAAUCGAAAGCCACAUAGUUCAAAGUUCAAUUAUAUAAAAUCAGAGUGAAAAACAAGUAGACCAAUAGCUAAUCUUCGCUAAUGUCCUUCAGUUGUGAAUCUCUAAUAAAAUUUGUUUAGAAGUUUUGUUUCUUUUAUUUUUAGGUGGCAAUGCAUUUUUAUUAAAAGAAAAAAAAAAAUCACAGUACAGUAUCUGAUAUUUGCAAAGGUAUAGAGGGCGCUAUAAUUGAAUACUUCCCUGUAUUAUUGGCGUUUCAAAUCAUGGAGGUAAAUAUUUUUGAGAAAAACAUUGCAGACUGUCCAAUUACCAUUCGAAUGCUCUACAGAGUUAUGAUUAAAAUAUUUAAGAGUUUAAUAAACACUAAUUUCCUUGUGAUUUCUAAACAGAAUUAUCAUUUAAAGUUUUUAUUGCUUUAUAUCUAUUUUCAAAUCAAUUUCCUUCACCCAAUGCAUGCACAAUUUUGUCAUUUAAGUGAAACUGAAACAAAUUUCAAAGUAUCUGCUGCUCAAAUAUCUACUGUGUUGCAGUGUGUUAUCUUUGUUUACACUAUAAAGUUUUUUUUAUACAACAAAGUUUUGUGAUUUGCCCAAAAAAGGCAUGAUGAUGUUGCAUCAAAUCCUUAUACAAUCAGAAGUACUGUAUAAACAACAUACUGAGGACAAAACUUUAGGCUAAUAAACUUGAAAAAUUAUAUUACACAAACAAUAUUGUGCGUAUAUAAUAGGUUUUUGUACUAAAAAUGUCAUUGGAUGGUAAAUAAUUAAAGGACUUUUGUAGUAACAGUCUAUAAAUCAGGAAAAAUGGUAUUGAUAUUCAUUUCUAGGAUUGUGAACAAGGGUGGGUGUUGGUGGGGAGCUGAUGGAGGACUAAAGGUUAAGUGAAGAGGUUCGAUUAAGUGAGAGGUGCUUACUUGUGGGUAUUUUUUUCAGUUUAAGUGAGUACCGGGGAAGCAGCUGGGUGGCGAAGGCUUUUUCCUCAAUCGCUCGUGGACACGCCACUUUUUUAACCUUUGAGAUGUUUCCCCCAAAAUUUUAACACACACAGAUCUUAAACAAAAUUUUAAAGAAUAAAGUUAAAUAGAAAAAUAGGAAUGUCAUGGUUUUAAAGAAUUUUAUCAAUUCCAAUUUGUUUUAGCAACAUAUUAAAUCAAUGGCUACAAGCAUAUCUACAACUCUUUAUUAACAAAAUGUUUUUUUUCUUUGUUCAUCUCACAGAUACAUUAUUUGGAAUGAAAUAUCAGUUUAAAAAAAUCCCAAAACUAAAGCUUUAAAAUGUUUUUUAAAAUCACAAUAUCCUUAUUAAAAAAAUGAGACAUUAUUUGAAAUAAAAUAUGUUCAAAAAAUAAGAAAUUUCAAAAAGAAUGUGUUAAAAUGUAUUGUAAGUUACUUCAUAAUUGUAAAACUGAUAUAAUAUAUUAUAGAGGGCAGUAUUUGACUACUUUUCCUGCUUUCAUGGAUGCUCAUUUAUAUUUUAAUCAUCACAGAAUAAAAUGCUAAAACAAAUAUGCAUACAUAAAAUUCUU